UAUUUAUUAAACAUUUGUGUUUUGAGUGUAAUUUUCACUUUGUGUGGUAUGUAUUUGAUAUGUGACAGGGAAGUAUGUUAUGUUGAGUUAACAAAAUAUGCAGGUGAUUUCAGUUGGUAAUGUAAUUACGCUGCUGAUAGUGAUAUUGUAGCUAUAUACGUUCAGAAUUUGCAACUUUCAUAGAGGUCAUAUUUCAUAUUAAAAUAGAUGCUACACCCAGUAUCUAUUUUUUCCAGUGUUGAUGUUGAACAUCAUGGGCAUGGUAGUUGUUGACAAAUGAUGCACGUCAAGUAUUUGUCUUGUCCUAGCUACGCCUACAUGUAUGUUCGUGUGUGGAACGUCGUCAGCUGUGUGGAAUGCCGUCAGCUGUGAUGUCAUUGGGUCGGCAGUGUAACCAAAAGACUUUGGUAAAGUUGUUACAUUGACUGCGUGAAGCAACUCAGUCUUGUGUUGGCUAUUCUUCAUCCCACGUUAUGGUGGAUACUCAUGCCCACGUUAUGGUGGUGCAUUAGUGCUGUAGACGCACACUAACAUUAACUUUUCAUUCAAGUGUAUGACUUGUAUUUCUCAUGGUAUGAUGAGACGAUCGUAUCCAAACCUGCGUUAUGGUGGGGCAGUAGUGCUAUUACUGCACGUGAACUUCUUUCAAGUGUUUGACUUGUACUAGUAUACCGCUUCAGAAACAUUUAUUUGAUUUAUUGUAUGUUUGGUACAUGUGAAUGCUUCAGCGAAUAGUGUUUGCAUGUGUGGAUUGUUUGCACAAGUAUUUAGGUUGGUGAGUAGUUGUUGGGAGCAUUGAGAUUGAUUACAUGAAGUAGUUAUGUUCAUAAUUAACUUUAUUUAUUUUGUUUACAAUUUCGUGUUUUUUUCGUUCGGGGUUUAUACCAGUGCUACCCUUGGUCACUAUUUGUUGCAGAAAGAUACUUACCUGUGUGGCACAGCUCGUACCAACAGGAAGGGCUACCCCGCCGUUCAUCUCCCUUCAGGUAAGGCAGCAAAUCGUCUGCAGAGAGGGACCAUCGACUGGCGAGCUUGUGGGGACUUCGUUGCAACCAUGUGGAAAGACAACAAGCCUCUUUUCUACCUCAGCACGGCACACUCUCCCGAGGAAGAUGGUUUGACCACCAAAAGGAGGAAGAAGGACGGGUCGCAGGAAAUCCUUCCCAACGCACCAUGUGUGAAGGAUUAUGGAAAGUAUAUGGGAGGGGUUGAUAGGUUAGACCAAAACACUCGCCAAAAUAAGGGCAAAAAACCCAUGAGGUGGUAUAGGCGUGUUGAGGUGAAGUUGAGAGAAAUAGCCAUUUACAAUGCCUAUGUCAUUGAAGGUACCUUCAUCAACCACAUGCCAGGUGGGAAAAGAAAGCGAGAUAUGCUGGCCUUCAAGCUUGGACUGCUGCAUCAACUCAUUGGAGGGUACCGUCAAGACAGGAGGCUAGGUCGUUCCAGAUCAGUCAUCGUUGGAACAGGAACGCUUGGAUGGGAACGGUCACUGGCCAGUGCCGUCAGGUGAAAACUGCAUCAUCAAAGGGAGAUAAUCCACCUUCAUCACACCUGCCAAUCAAGCUUCAGCUACCUGUGCCAUCUAGUGAUGGAAAACAUUUUAUUUGCACUUUCAGUGUAUGAUAUUUGACAAUAAAGUAAUUUUGCCCUUUUGUCAACUUUUGUCUUUUUUUCACUCGGUCCUGCUAACCAUGGCAAAUGAAAUGAUCUUUCAGGCGAGUUGCUGCUACAUAAUAUUGCCUCUUUAUUAUUCUAGAUUCCAAUAUAAUAUUCCUUUGCAUGAAAAGCAUUAAUAUUUCAACUAUUCAACUUGAAAAACUCAGAAAAUACCCUGUGAUAUAAUUUCAGGUGAAGAAAAGGGUCAUUUCAAAAGGGAGGUAAUCCACCGUCACCACACCUGCCAAUCAAGCUUUUUUUUUUUUUUUUUUAUACCUGUGACAUUUAGUGAUGGCA